UCUACUCUUCUUUCUUGUUCUCACACUCACUGUCUCUGUUGCUUAGUCAUUUAAGAGCCGUCAGAUUUGACUGUAUUCUUGGAUAGAUGAUUGUCAGGUUAUAUUACUGGUUCUCAUGGAUGACUUUCUUGGAUGCAUUUGUUGUUUUAUAGACAUAACUAAUCUUGGAUUCUGUAGUGAAAUGAUUGGAUUGCCAUACUGUAAUCACCAUCUGGAUCACAGUAUUAUAUGUCUAAUGAUCUAAUCAGUACAAGAUAUAGUUGAUUGACCCAGCUGAUCAUUUCAUCUAUCUGCAUGAGCUAGAAUCACAAGGUUUAAGAUUUCCAAAUCUGGUGGGUUUUGUAUUGAUGAAAUCAACUGAAUGAGCUACAUGAUCAAAUGGGUAACCGCUGAAACAUUGUAAUUUUAGAUUCUCUAUAUGUUCAAAGAUGAAAAUUUCUUUCUUUAAUGCAGAGAAUUGGUAUCUGAGAUGUGGUUUUCGUGGCUGACCUUUACGGUGAUGUUUAAUUUGUCACAUCGUAAUCUGCAGGUGACCCUUCUAUGAACUGGAAGGGGAACAGUUGUUCUUUUCCUGACUAAUUGAGCCGGGGUUUGCUUCUUUGGGCUAUAACCAUGUCUGCGUAUGGCCAUCAUAUGGAGAGGGAGUACUCAGCUCAGACUCUUUCGAGUCAUGAAGAGAGGGCAAGCAGUUAUGUAAUGGAGUCAGGGUUCUACAUGUCAUCCUUUGCUACAACAAUCUUCAUUGCUUCACUCAUUACCGUCGGGUUAUUAUUCAUCACUUUGCUGAUUGCACUGACGGUAAUGCUGCAGUCUUGUGAAAGCAAGAGCCGUGGAAUUGUUGAGGUUCAGAAAGAAACUUAUGAUUCAAAUUACUGCCAUAUCUUCUUUCUGCAUAUGGAACUCAACAACUUUGAGGGUGGUCAGUUCCCUUCAAUAUGCAGGGUUGCUGCUAUUCAGUACAUCAAAAAAGGUCAAUAUGCAAGAGAUUUAAAUUCUACCAUAUCAAUGAUUGAGGAAUAUUUUGGUAGUGUUACCCCGCAACAUGAUGGUCUGGAUGUAGUGUUGAUGGACGUAGAUGAUAUUCUUUCUUCAAACCCCCAGAAUAAUAAUGUUUCAGCGCAGCAAUAUGAUCACUAUGCUUGUAGUCAUCGUGUGGAAGAGGCAAAGCAUCUGAAGCACAUGUUUAUUCUGAGACUAUACAUGAAACUUCAUGCUAGUGGUUGGCCAUUGAUUUUGUUAUCAAGAAAGCCGGAGACAUAUAGGACUCCCUCUGUUCAGUAUCUUGUAUCUGCAGGCUACAAAGCUUGGUCUUCAUUGAUUAUGAGAUCAGAAGCUGAGCUGCAUAUGGAGACCGGUGACUACUUCUCUAAACGAAGGGCUGCAAUGCAGAGGGAAGGAUUUCGCAUAAUCGGCAGUAUAAGCAGUCAGAUGGAUGCUCUAAGAGGGCCAUUUUUAGGAAAGCGUAUUUUUAAGCUUCCAAACCCAAUAUACUACGAUCUUGAACAUCAAAUCGAAGACAUGCAUACCCCAAACUAGAACAUAUAGUAAGUUCCAACUUGUACAUACACAUUGCUUUCUAUACUGAAACUGCUUUUGAGUACUAGUGGUCAAGGAAUGUCAAAUACAAGUUGUGAAGCAUUGUAAGCAGCCAUAUCGAUCAGAUUGUUACAAUUAUUGUAAGCAUUCUUUAUAGAUUGUAUAAGAUUUGACAAAAGUAUAGUAUACGGUUUCUGUUA